AACACUAUCCUCUCCUGCCAGGACCAGUGCUUUGUAGGAGACCAGGGCUAUGAGUACUCUUCUUCAGUGGCGACGUCAGCCAGUGUUGACAUUUCCAUGGAAACCUGGUACUCUCAGUGGCCGGGCGGUAUCCUGGACAACAGCAGAAGCAGCCAGCGAGAAACCCAGCCACAAGACUACUUCCUGGAAUAUGAUACAAGUGUCCAAGAUGACUUCAGGUGGACAGGCCACUUAUCAUCUCAGCUUUAUAAAAAUAAACAGCUUCAGGACACUCUUGAACAAAAGGAGGAAGAACUUGCUAGACUCCAUGAAGAAAAUAGCAAGCUGAGAGAAUACCUGAACUCCACUUAUGUCAAAUCCUUGGAGGACAAGGCCAGGAAAUUAUUGAUUCAGAAUGGGCAAAAGAAUGGAGGGAUCUUCAAAUGUAAGAAGCGCCUGUUUCAGAAGCAGGAGGAGGCUGGAGAUUUCUUUGCAGAGAAACCAGCAGCAGAGAGCCUCCCAAAGAGAGGACGAGGAAACCCAACCUGUAAAAAUGGAAGUAGCAGCCAUAAUGCCCAAGAUGACCAUGGUACUCCCUAUGUCGAAAACUGGGUGCUCAAGACUUUAGGAUUAAAAGAUGCCAACACUAUUGAUGACAGUUCUUCAGCUAACUACAGUGCCAUUAUUUCUGAGACAUUGGUUGAUUACAACAGUGAUCAACUGAAGGUGACCGAGUACAGCACGGACUAUGCAACGCCAGCAGGUUACGGCCAGGAUCCUACAGUCCUGGAGAAUUUCCUUGCCAGUUCCUGUCCACUGAACACUUCCUGCACAAGCGAGCUCUCUUCCUGCCCCUAUUAUUCGGCACCCUCUCGCCCGAUCCAUGCACUUUACCAGCCUGCAGCAACGCCGUUCCAGGCAUGCAAGACGGCCCCAAACAAAACGGACGUGGCCUUCUCCACCUCGCUCAAUCCUCACCGUAAUGUGAAGACGCACACCUUCUGCCAAGGCCAGGCCUUUGUACAGCGUGAUGGGGAGGGAGGUUGGAGGUUUACCUGGGUCCCCAGCCAGGCAGAUUGACCAAUCCUGCUGCCACUGCUACAGACUGUUUACAAAACACACGAGUUCCCUGCACUUGAAAUACUCAUGAAGGAUAUCAACAGCUUUGCACAAAUUACCAACCAGUCUUGAAUUUGUCUCUUUUUUUAAUCUGAGAACAUGACUCUUAACCUUAGAAUUAGGAUAGUGUAACUUUCCAUUGUUCUGAGUGAGUUUAGAGACACUAAUUUUUUUUUCUUCUUCUGAGAACGUGUUGUGAUUCAUUUGGGACGAAGAUAAAGGAAGCACUUAGUGUCCUAUAACCUUGUCAGCACGUUUUCACAUUGUGAGUUGCUUCUGGAGUCCAAUGAGGGCAAAUGGAUGAGGGAGAUUCCAGGCACAUCAGUGUGGAUCAAUGACCAGCUGAACUGUCUUCUCUAAAAUAGUGUUUUUUCGAAGGAGACCUGUUAACUGUUAGCAAGGAGAUUGAAGAGGAGAAGCUGGGUGUUCUCGCAAAUGAUGACCCUUGACCCUUGAACAUCUACCUGAAAGGGCAGAUGUGACCAUAGUUCAAGGACAUUCAAGUAACUGAAAUAUCGGAACAUUUCCUUCAAGGGAACAAAUACCUCAAAUGUUGUGUGGAUUGGAAUUAUUUGGAUUAUGAUCUUAUGGUCAAGCUUGCCUCAGUUGUUUGGUUCCAUUUUCCUGUUCAUGCAGAAUAGGACACAGGUGUCAAACGUUUGCCUCUGUUGGUACAAACACUGACACAAUGCAGUCUAAACUGCCUCUGAGUGAUAAACCAUUACUGUCUAACCUAUGCCACUUUUCUCAGUAGAGUCCAGUGAUCAAUAAGGCACAAAAAUCUUAAGGGAAAAAUAUUGAACAUCAUCGAAAAUUAAGGGAUGAAAAUUGCUUGAAGUUAUUCUGAUCACCGGCAUCAAUGAUCAUUUAAAUUUAGACCUAUGUUCUGAAACAAGUGCAACAGUUUUCAACAAUGGUGAUCUUUCCAAAAAUUCAUGGUCAUAGUUUUGAUUGAAGCCUUCAUUUUUCAAGCUGUUUUGGGCCCUAACACAGAUUGUUGCUAUUCUGGAAACCUGUGUGACUGGUGAUAUCUUGUUGUGUUGUGUUAUAUUGUAUUGUAUCAUAGAAUUUGGAGCACAGAUUCAGGCCAUUUAGUCCAACAGGUCCAUACUCCAUAUGAGCCUCAUCCUAUUUGACACCAUUUCACCCCAUCAGCAUAUCUAGAACUAGUGGUCACUGUUUCAAAAUAUGUUGUCGUCCAUUUAAAAGAGAGAAUAGUUUUUUUUUCCUCAGUGCCAUGAGUCUUUGGAACUCAAAAGACAGUGCAGCUAGAGUCCUUGAAUACUUUCAAAUUAGAAGUAGGUUGAUCUUCAAGGAAGGUAGUGAAAGGUGGGAAUGUGGAGUAAUUGGAUCAACCAUGAUUUUAUUGAAUGGUGGAACAGGCUCGAGGAGGCAAGUGGCCUUCACCUGCUCCUAAUUUAUAUGCUCGUGUGUUCAUAUAUCCUGUUCCUUUGUCUUUUGAGUUUAUCCAGCUUUGGCUCAAACAUAUCCAUAACAUUUGCCUCAAUCACUCCCUGUGAUCAUCAGUUCCCUUUGGAUGGGGGUUGCUCCUGUAUGGUUCACUGAAUUAGUUAAUCAGGAAUGCUUCGAUAAUACCUAGUUGUGGUCUGUCCCACAAGAAAGAUUUUCACCAUGUCUACCCUCUCAAAUCCCUUUUUUUAAAAAAUAAUCACUGAUG